AUGUGGGCUGCCAUGGUGACCGGCUUGUCAAAUCCCACCCCCCUCCUCUGGUUGGUCCAACUGCUGUUGUGGCCACACCCCAGCGGACCUCAGUUCACAGCGGCCACGCCCCCUUGCCCCAACCCAUGCAGCUGCUCCAAUCAGGCGAGCCGAGUCAUCUGUACCAGGAGGGGAUUGGCUGAGGUGCCGGACAAUAUCUCAGAGAACACGCGAUACCUCAACCUACAGGAGAACACUAUCAAGAUCAUUAAAUCGGACACCUUCCGGCACCUGCGGCACCUGGAGAUCCUGCAGCUCUCCAAGAACCACAUCCAGCAGAUCGAGGUGGGCGCCUUCAACGGCCUCCCGGCCCUCACCACGCUGGAGCUCUUCGACAACCGGCUCACGGUGGUGCCGUCGGGCGCCUUCGAGUACCUGAGCAAGCUGCGGGAGCUGUGGCUGCGCAACAACCCCAUCGAGACCAUCAACUCCAACGCCUUCGCACGCGUGCCCUCGCUGCGGCGCCUGGACCUGGGAGAGCUGCGCAAGCUGGUCUACAUCUCGGACAUGGCCUUCGACGGCCUGGAGAACCUGCGGUUCCUGAACUUGGGCAUGUGUGAGCUGAAGGACGUGCCCAAGCUGACGGCGCUGGUCCGGCUUGAGGAACUGGAGCUGUCCGGGAACCAGCUGGGGGUGCUGCGGCCUGGCUCCUUCCAGGGCCUGUCGGCGCUGCGCAAGCUCUGGCUGAUGCACUCUCGCGUCUCCAUCAUCGAGCGCAACGCCUUCGACGACCUGAAGAACCUCGAGGAGCUGAACCUGUCCCACAAUUCCCUGCACUCGCUGCCGCACGACCUCUUCACGCCGCUGCAGCGGCUGGUGCGCGUGCACCUGAACCACAACCCGUGGGAAUGCAGCUGCGACAUCCUCUGGCUCAGCUGGUGGCUCAAAGAGGCGCUGCCGGACAACUCGACCUGCUGCGCCCGCUGCCACGCCCCUCCGCGCCUCAAGGGGCGCUACAUCGGCGACCUGGACCAGUCGCACUUCACCUGCUACGCGCCGGUGAUCGUGGAGCCGCCCACCGACCUGAAUGUGACGGAGGGAAUGGCGGCAGAGCUCAAGUGCCGCACGGGUACUACCAUGACUUCGGUGAACUGGCUUAGCCCCAACGGGACACUGAUGACGCACGGAGCCUACAAGGUGCGGAUCAACGUGCUGCACGACGGGACGCUGAACUUCACCAACGUGACCAUGCAGGAUGCGGGGCCCUACACCUGCAUGGUGACCAACGCCGCGGGCAACACCUCGGCAACGGCCCUCCUCAACGUCUCGUCCGCCGCCGACCCCACCAACAUCUACUCCUACUUCACCACCGUCACCGUGGAGACGCUGGACGGCAACGAGGCCCGCCAGGACACCAACGAGUCCAUGAUCCUGCACAGCACCAUCUCGGGGACGCUGGAGAACCGGCCCGGCAGCACGGUGCCACCGGACGGGGGAGGGGGAGGGCCGUCCAUGCCUCCGCUCUUGCCCGUCGACAAAGUCACGCAGAAGGUGUCCACGUUGUCCAUCACGGACGUGGCGAACCUCUCGGGCCUGGACGACGUGAUGAAGACCACCAAGAUCAUCAUCGGCUGCUUCGUGGCCAUCACCUUCAUGGCCGCCGUCAUGCUGGUGGUCUUCUACAAGCUGCGCAAGCAGCACCAGCUGCACAAGCACCACGGCCCGGCGCGCGCCAUCGAGAUCAUCAACGUCGAGGACGAGCUCACCGCCCACGGCAACGCCAGCGGCAUCUCCGGCGGCUCCACGCUGGUGCGAGGCUCCACGAUGUCGUCGGCAGGCGGCGUCGGCGGCUGCGUCGGCGUCGGGCCUGACCCGGAGAUCGUGACGUUGCCAAACAUCGGGCGCGCCGACCUCAACCACUACUACAAGAGCCACACCUUCAACAACAACGUCAUGGGGUUGCACGGCAUGGGCACCAUGGGCACCAUGGGCACCAUGGGCAAGGGCAGCCCUCCGAGCCUCAGCCCCACGGGCAAGAUGGGCCAGGACGGGGGCGGGACGCAGGACGGGUCCAAGGGUAGCCCACCGCCGCCGCCGCAGACCCUGUCCCUCCACAUGGGACUGCACUCCUCACUCAAGGCCCAAAACUCACACAUGGAGCCGCUACUGUUUAAGAACACCUCGAAGGAGAACGUACAGGAGACACAGAUCUGA